UGGCCGAUUUGAUGUUGAAUAGUGAUACUUUUUCAUGUUAUAUACAUUUAAACCUAAAACGAUUUAUUUCAUCCCAACGGUAAUUUUUCAGACGAUUUAAAGAUGGUUGGAGGAUCAGUCAGUGGAAAACCAUUUAAGCCAGAUCCAACCUCAUAUGAACAGACUGGAAUUCCAUGUGGAAAUCCAUCUCGUUACCAGAGCCGUGGAGUUAUUCGUAUGAACAGGAAUGACUCCAAACCAUUUGAGGAUCAACGUCUUGGAGUCCCAGGGUCUGGGACAGAGUCUGAGGCUGAUCAACACCUGAGGGGUAUGGUGAAGAAUCAGCUUGAAACCAAUGUUACUCUUGAAAGUGAGUUGAACAGGAAAAGGUCAUUUCAAUCCUCUUCAUCCUACAAACCAUUUUGUCCUGAUAAAACUGGUGCAAUGAGUUUAAAAGAUUAUCAGUUGUUACAGAAUCAUGAACAGUAUGUCCAGACCCUUAAAGAGUGUGGCUUCAAUGAAGAAGAAAUCCAGUUCAAACUGGAGAGAGAAGGUUAUAUUACAAAGGCUCCCAAAAUAGGUCGAUAUGGUGCCAAUCCUGUUGCUGAGCAAGAAAAGCUGCAUGAGCUGGAGAAAAGAAUCCAAAGGCGAGAGGAGGCCUUGUCCUCUCCAGAAUUAUUCUCCAACGUGCGAGUUCUGAGCAGGCAUGCUUUGGAAGUUGAACAGUCACUUCACAGGGGAACGGAAAAAGGGAGCAGUUUGAGCCAUCUGGUGCAACCAAGGAAACAAGCCAUUCAUGUGAAUGAUCCACUCUUGCAAACUUUAAUGGAAGCGGAUCAGAUAUUGUCAAAAUCCAAACGAAAAUUACCGUCCUCCAACAGCCCAGAGCGAGCCAGUGAACGUUUGGUAGAAGUCAGUGAUAAUUCCAGUCAAAGUUCAUUGGUCAAAAGAGGGUCGCUGGAAAACAACGACAGCAGUGAUACCCGCUUGCCUGAUAACAUUAAACCUAUUGAAGAGGAAGAAAUUCUUCAAAAUAGACUGUCGGUAGAGCAAAUAAAGGAGAUUCCAAAAUUUGCAAAUUUUCACCCAGGAGAACCAAACAAGGUCCUAUUCAUAAAGAAUUUGCAUCAUAAGACAACGGAAGCAGACUUGGUCUCUCUGUUUAUAAGAUUUCAGGACAAAGAGGGACCUAAAAUUACUUUCAGACUUAUGAAGGGAAAGAUGAUUGGACAAGCGUUUGUGACUAUGCCAGACAUCGACACAGCGAAUAAAGCCUUGAAUCAGGUGAACGGCUUCAUGUUUAAGGGUAAACCAGUGAUUAUUCAGUAUGGCAAACAGAGGACAGAUUUGUCUAACAAGAACGCGCCUGGGCUGAGUUCGCCGGGAUCAAGCACAUAAUCACGGGUACCAAGAGUUUUAUGAAAUAACUUCAAGAAUCUUCGAGGAAGAAGUGGACAAAAGUACACAACGAGUAAAACCGCUUCAGCGAUCAAAACAUGGAAAAUGAACUGAAUGCAUCUACUGCUUACCCAAAUGCAACAGAG